AAGAUCCAUGCAUAUCAAUGCCUUGUGGUCCACAAGGACGGUGUUUAACUAUAAAUGCAGCACCAAAAGGAUAUAUGUGUAUGUGUCAAGUUGACGGGAUUUCUUAUACAACUAUUGAUACAUGUCCAAAUCCAUGCAUAUCAAUGCCUUGUGGUCCACAAGGACGGUGUUUAACUAUAAAUGCAGCACCAAAAGGAUAUAUGUGUAUGUGUCAAGUUGACGGGAUUUCUUAUACAACUAUUGAUACAUGUCCAAAUCCAUGCAUAUCAAUGCCUUGUGGUCCACAAGGACGGUGUUUAACUAUAAAUGCAGCACCAAAAGGAUAUAUGUGUAUGUGUCAAGUUGACGGGAUUUCUUAUACAACUAUUGAUACAUGUCCAACUACUAGUUCAUUUUGUACACAUAUGACAUGUAAGAAUGGGGGUACAUGUGUGCCAUUUUCUGUUGAUGAUCCAUCAUGUAAUAUUGGUCAAAUUGGUUCGACUUGUUGUCAAUGUCCACCGAAUUUUACUGGUUUACGUUGUGAACAAGAGGUUGAUUUUUGUUCAUCAAAUCCAUGUAAAACUAAUGGACGUUGUUUAUCAGAUAAAUCUGGUUAUCGAUGUCAAUGUUAUGAAGGAUAUAUGGGUGAAAAUUGUGAAGUUCGAUUAACAAGUUCCGGUUGUGCUUCAAAUCCAUGUACAGUUGGUAUUUGUUAUCAAUUAAAUCAAAAUGGACCUUCUUAUGUUUGCAUAUGUCCAGAUGGUACACUUAAUCUUUCGUGUAAUUCACCAAAUUCAACAAGAAAUCUUUAUACAGUACCAACAACUACAAUAACAUCAUUAAUGUUUGGUCAUAAUUUAAAACCUCGAGGAGGUGGAAGUAUAAAUUCAGUUCCUACAGUUUCAACAUGUAGUCCAACAACAAGAGAUACUUGUAAUGGUGGUCAAUGUUUAAUGACGGGCACAGGUGUAUAUGCAUGUCGUUGUCGUGAAGGUUAUACGGGUGCUUAUUAUAUUAAUGAAUGUGCUUCAAAUCCUUGUUUGGGUGGUGGUACAUGUUAUGAUCUUGUUAAUGCUUAUGCAUGUUUUUGUCCUGAUCGAGUUUUUCGACCACAAUGUGGUAAUAUUUCGUCGACUAGUAAAGAUACUACUACUACUACUGCAGGUUUAAUAAAUACAAUAUCGUUUACAAAAGAAGAAAAAUUAUUUCCAAGUGAAUGUCUUUGUCGUAAUGGUGGUAUAUGUUAUACAAAUUCAGCUAGUGGAAAACUUUGUCAUUGUCCUAAUGGUUUUACUGGACCAUUUUGUGAAACAACAAUUACAUCUCGUAUCAAUACUGGUCAAUUUAGUUGUAGUCAAGCAUCAUGUGAAAAUGGUGCUACAUGUCAAGAACAAGGAUUUAAUACUAUUUGCAUAUGUAAACCAGGUUUUACUGGUCAACGAUGUGAAAUAGAAUAUUUCCGUUGUCAAGGUAAUGGUCGUUUUGCUGAUGCAUCAAAUUGUAAACAAGGGCGUUAUUUUGAAUGUGUUUAUUAUGGACAAUAUGAUUUAAAUUUACCAAAUGGAAUUCUUUAUAGUCGUAAUUGUCCACCUGGUCUUCGAUUUAGUACAUUAAGCGAUCGAUGCGAUUAUUCAAGUGUUGUACAAUGCUAA